UUGACAAUUACUGUCAUUGGGUACCGUACCACACUUUGUGCAUUCCAUGCGUGGGAACGACGUUUGCCGUACUGUUUGGCCAUGUUUCUGCUUGCAUAGUGCUUGAUAGUUAGUUAGUUUGGCAGUUGGGACUUGGGACUCGGGUUGGCAGUUGAUCGCCGUUCAGCUGAAGAGUACGUAAGAUGGCUACGAUGUUGUCCCGCACUGCUGCCAUAGUGGAGAAUUUUUCCCGUUUUAAUGGGUCUAAGAUCUUGGUGGGCACAAUUGGAUUGGCAAAGCAGCCAGUUCGAAACUUGAAUGUUCAUGAACACAUCAGCUAUACCUUACUCUCCGAGGCAGGGAUUCCUACGCCAAAGUUUGGUGUGGCGAAAACCCCUGAUGAAGCUGCCAAGUUUGCCGCUGAUCUCAAUACAAAAGACAUAGUAUUGAAGGCUCAAGUUCUUGCCGGUGGGCGAGGAAAGGGACACUUCAAGGGCACGAAUAUUGGUGGUGUCAAAAUGUGUGAAACACCUCAGGAGGCUAAAGAACUAGCUUCAAAAAUGCUGGGAAAAUUGUUGAUAACAAAGCAGACUGGGGAAGCUGGUAGGAUAUGCAAUGCUGUUAUGGUGACGCAACGGAUGUUUCCACGCAAGGAGUUUUAUCUUGCUGUUAUGAUGGAGCGAUCAUUUGGUGGCCCAGUAAUAAUUGCAUCGAGCCAAGGAGGCGUGAAUAUCGAAGAGGUAGCUGCUACCAAUCCUGAGGCAAUAACGUAUGAGCCAAUCGACAUCCAGAAAGGAAUUACUCCGGAUCAAGCUGGUCGCAUUGCAACAAAGAUGGGCCUUGGCAAUGUUAAGGAUUAUAUUUCUAAAAUGAUCAUCGAUCUAUACGCUAUGUUCCAGAAGAAGGAUGCCUUACUUCUUGAAGUUAAUCCUCUCGCUGAAGACAUUAAUGGACAAUACUAUGCUUUAGACUGUAAAUGUAGAUUUGACGACAAUGCAGAAUUUAGACAGAAGGAUCUAUUCGCUUUACGAGAUUGGUCUCAAGAGGACAAAAGGGAAGUUGAAGCAGCAAAGUUCGAAUUGAAUUACAUUGCUUUGGAUGGUAACAUUGGAUGUAUGGUCAACGGAGCUGGUUUAGCCAUGGCUACUAUGGAUAUAAUUAAACUUCACGGAGGUGACCCUGCCAAUUUCCUGGAUGUUGGAGGUGGCGCUACUGCUUCUGCCGUUAAAGAAGCUUUCAAAAUCAUCACUUCUGAUCCAAGUGUACAUGCACUGCUGGUCAACAUAUUUGGUGGAAUUAUGAGGUGUGACGUGAUUGCUGAAGGUAUUAUCGCAGCCACCAAGGAGCUCAGCCUCAAAAUUCCCGUGGUUGUGAGACUUCAGGGAACCAAUGUUGAUGAGGCAAAAGCUCUUAUUGCUAAUGCAGGAUUGAAAAUCGUACCAAUUGAUGAUCUGGAUGAAGCAGCUCGUGUCGCUGUCAAACUGUCAACUAUAGUGAAAUUGGCACAGUCUGCCAAUCUUAAUGUGAAUUUCGAAAUACCACCCAUUUCAUAAAUCUAUACACUAUAGUAUCUCAAAUUCGAAUCAACCAACUUGAAUUUUUGUCCAACUAUCCUGUCUAAAAGGUAUACAAGGAUGGUAACCAUAUUUCGUUGUACUUGAUAAAUAUUUUUUGCAAUUCAUUUAUUAAGGUAAAUUUUGAAUACGUAACUUGAUUUUGAUGGUGAUGUAUUUGGAUUCACGUAUACCUUGAAAUGAGAGGUGCUGCUGAAAGAACGAAAGACUGUAUGCAAAUCUGAAAUUCUUCCUAAGUAUGCAGAAGGAUUGGACAUAUCAGCAUAUUUCCUAUUAUUUUACGUAUUUUUAGUAUUUUCAUCGUGAAAAGAAAGGAAACCCUCAAUUCUAUUGAAAAUUCGUGAUGAUGCCAAUCUUAUACGACUGCACACUGACUCAUUUUUGUCCAGGCGGUAAGCUUAUUUUUCCCGUUCCCUCGUAGAACUAGAAAAGUCUAGUAUUAAAUAUAAUUUUUUCGACCAGACGGAAAUGGAAUAUUAGGUACUACAGUGAAGUCAUCAAUGUAUAAUUCGCGAUUUGAUCAGUUUUUUCGUGCUAAGUGCAUAGUUUAUGUCAUGGGAAAUAGGAUGUGCCAUUUUCGAAGUAUUCAUUUGUUUGUUUUAGAAACUAACUUGAAUUAUGUAAAUCCGAGGUGUGCAAUUGAAACAAUUGGCAACAAAAAUAUUUCCUAUAAAGAUAUUUGAUUUUAUCAUUUAUUUAAGUUUAUUUCAUAAUUUUUCCUUUAUGACAUUUUGAUGUUAUCUGAAAUAUGCUAAAAUGAAAAUUAUAUUUGGACUUAGUUGGUUGAUGAUAAACUAUACUGGAAUUUGAGUAAUAGAUUAGUAAUUUAUGAAAAUAUCUGUAAUACGUUAACUCAUAACAAUUUAGGAUGAUUCAAUUUACUACAGUUCAUAAUUAGUUAGAGAAAAAAAAAGUUAUAAACUCGAACCAAGCAAAAUAAGUCGGCCACAUUAUGAUGUAUUAUUCAAUUUUCUCUGUCCCUCCUCAUAAAAUUUCGGGUUUCAGUAUUAUGUACACAUUAAAUACAAACAUAAAAAAGCAGUUUCUCCUGACCGUUGCACAUUGAGAUUUAAUUCAUAUAAACAAUUAUUCUAAUUGUUCUAAUCAAAUAAAUCUCCAUCGUCCACGACAACAGUUAGGAAGUGUUUUACUGCCAACCAGAAAAAUUAUUGUAUUCUAAAUUGUUAUUACAUAUUUCAUGUAUCGCCUGUUAAUUAUUGUAAUGUACAUAUACAUACACACAUAAUAUAUGCAUAUAUAUAUAUAUAUGUAUAUAUGCAUACACAUAUAUUUAUUUAUAUAUACGCUAUAUAAAUUAUUUUACGUAAUUUUCAUUUGUAUUCAUUCCUUUUACCAGCUAAAAAAAAUGUUAACUUGUGCUACACACCUUGUACUUGAAUGAAAGAUGCGAGUACAAGAUUGUUGGUUAUCGCUAUUUUUGUAGUCCUUCAUUUUUUUGCACCAAUUUUAUCGAUUAAACCUUAAAUAACAAUGUUGAACAAAGAUAUUCUAUUUUGCCUGUGAUAAUGUUGGUUCCCCGAUUGGGGCUUGACAUGAAAGUAAAUAAAUUGUUGAUGCAGACAACGCUAUUGGAUCUUGUUUCUAUUAACUGUAAAGUAGAGUAACGGACUUGAGUAUUUUUCCGUGAAUGCUGUCUAUUAAAGAAUUAAUGUGUACAAGAAAUUUUAUUGGUGAGCCCUUCAGCAUAGCCAUCACGAACGAUUGGAGCAUAGUUUUGCGUGUACGAACAAGAAUUUUCUAGUUUAACACAAAACUCGAACAAAGUUCACCUAUGGUACUCAAAAAUACGAGAAAUUUGAAUUUUUACUACAGGAUAGAUGUUCCAAUUAUUGCAACAUGAGGAAUACAAUACAAUAAUACUAAGAUUACUUAUGAAUUUAAGUAUUCGAUAAAUCGAGUUUUUUUGUUUUUUAUUUUGAGUCUUGUGCUAUAUUUUACCAAGUACAAUGCCUUUGAAUAAUCAUCAAUUUAUUGUUUAUAGGAAUAACUAGUUGAUCAAACACAGGCCACAGAAUCAUGAUAAUUAUACGAAGUUUAAUUGCGUUGUUUCGUCAUUUGACAGUACAAAGGAAGUUCGUGGACUUAAUGUUGACCUACUUCAACUUAUGGCUAAUUUUCAGCUACCAUCUCAGGGUCGAUUUAUAAUUCGGGCGCCCCUAGGCUCUGAAAUAUUUGCGUCCUACGGGAGGGUCUGUUUAAUUGCAUAUGUGUAUAUCGAUUUGGUGUUUGUGUUUACUUCACAGUCGUACGAUUAAAACCGACUUACUCGUGAUAUUACUAAUCUCAGCUUAAAUCGUGAUGUAACACAGCUAUCGGGUUCUAUUUUAAUUGUUUCAAAUCCCAUAUUACUGCAAAAAAAAAGAAAGAAAACUAAGAACAUAAUAUGUAUCAUAUAUUCAUUAUGUAUUGUACAAAUAAUUUGCAAUAACAUCGUAUAAAUUCAACAUUUCCUAGUUCCAACAAUGAGUAUAUUUACAUUUAAUACAUAAAUACAAAUCACAACGUGGUCCACAAAGAUCAUCGUAAACAUUCACUCCAAACGUUUAUUUUAUUUUUCAAGUUUCCAUUUACCCAACCUACUCAAUGCACAAGCUAGUUGCUGAUACAAUCAAGCUAAAGUACGUUACUGUUUGAACCUAAAAUAUCUCUGAAUAAGAUACUUCUCACUCUUUCUUUACCUGACUUCUGUUUCGACUUGAGGUCCUUUUUUGUCAAAUAUAGUAGUAAAUAGUAGUAAAAUAAUGAAGAAAUUUCACUUGA